GUCGGUAGGACGUGUUGAGGAGGGAGACACCAGUUAUUGUCAGUAUCCCACCGACCGCGCGCGCGAGUGUGCUACGCUGCAUAGUACGUGACAGCGACGAGUGUGAUUUACGUGUGCAGUGCGCCCUGGUGCUUAUGGACGUGACCCGGCUGGACCGCUCCGUAUCGUGUGCCACGAUGCCGCGGUCCUUCCUCAUCAAGAAGAAGAACUACAGCCACUGCCCGCUGAAGAAGAGGCCCGUGCACGACUUCAUGAUCAAGGAGGAAAAAGAUGAGGACAACUCGGAGCCCGAGAACCUCAGCACGAAGCCACAGGACCUGAGCGUCAGCUCCGCGGCGGCGUCUUCGACGGGUCCGCCCCAGCCGCAGCCGCAGCCCCAGCCGCCGCCCCCGCCGCCCACGCACACGGUGCACUGCCCCAAGCCGCUGACGCCGCCCGCCGCCGUGGCGCUCAUCUCGGCAGCCUCCGCCGCCGCCGCCGCCGCCGCCGCCGCGGCCGCCUCCAAGGCGUCGACGCCGCCGCCGACGCCGCCGUGCAGCUCCGCCGUGCACCAGCCGACGCCGGUGGCCGGCCACCACUUCCUGGCGAGCAAGGGCGGCCCCCUGGAGCCGCUGAGCCUCAACACGGCGGCGACGCCGUCUCACGCCGACUACCUGCAGCCGUGGCACCACUACCAGCAGGCGCCGCCGCCCUACGUGGGCUGGUACCCGCCGCACCCCGCCGACCACGCGCUCUUCCACCCCGCGGCGCACCACCAUCACCACCACCACUCGCACCACCACGCCCAGCACCACCACUCGCAGCCGUACGCGCCGCUGCCGUUCGCGCCCGUGUCGCCCCCGGCGCCGCCCCCGGGCCCCGCGCCGCACGUGUUUUCGCCGGUGGCGGUGGUGGCGCCGCCUCCCAAGCUGUUCCUGCCGUACGCGGGCCCCGCCGGCCUGUCGCCCACCUCGUCCUCCAGCAGCUUCCAGCAGCCGCCGUCACCCGAGGACCUCAGCUCGCCGGGCAGCGUGAGCAGCGCCAGCAGCUCCAGCGGGGGCGGCAGCUCGGGGGCGGGCAGCGGCAGCAAGAAGAGCCGCGCCCCCAAGGAGGCGGCGGGCGCCGGCGGCCGCUACGAGUGCCCCGACUGCGGCAAGGCCUACUCCACCUACUCGGGGCUCGCCAAGCACCGCCAGUUCCACUGCAGCGCCGCCUCCGGCGCGCAGGCCGUCAAGAAGUCCUUCAGCUGCAAGUUCUGCGAAAAGGUGUACGUGUCGCUGGGCGCGCUCAAGAUGCACAUCCGCACGCACACGCUGCCGUGCAAGUGCAACAUGUGCGGCAAGGCGUUCUCGCGGCCGUGGCUGCUGCAGGGCCACAUCCGCACGCACACCGGCGAGAAGCCCUUCUCGUGCCAGCACUGCUCGCGCGCCUUCGCCGACCGCUCCAACCUGCGCGCGCACCUGCAGACGCACUCCGACGUCAAGAAGUACUCGUGCGCGCUCUGCGGCAAGACGUUCUCGCGCAUGUCGCUGCUGUCCAAGCACGCCGACAGCGGCUGCCCCGGCGCCGGGCCCGGCAUACAACAACAUAUAACAGCUAGUUUUCCAGUUAUACCUGGAGUUCAUGGUGGGCCACCACUUUGCUGCACAAACGAACAAGAAAUUACAUAUUUCAUUCAUGAAACUAUAUCCACUGUUCCACUGGCGCCGACCUGCCGGGCCAGCGAGGGCCACAGCCGGCCGGCGUUCAAGGCAACGAGCGGCGGCGGCGGCGGCGACAAGGCUCGCGUCCACACGGCGGGCCUGCCGCAGCGUCCACCAUCUGGCCGCGGUACAUUCGGGGGGACCGAGAGAAAGCAAAUAAAUCCCACCCAGGAGUGUCCGUGUGGGUCCAGGUACGACUCAGUGCUGGACUCGAACUGA